GAACAAUUUUGUGGCCAAAUGAACUUGUAACUCGAAAAUCUUUGGUUCCAAUCUUCAAUCAUUUCCAACCACAAAACUCCUCCAUGCCACGACCCACCUAGUGGAUUUUCUAGCUUCUUCAAUUUUUAUAUAUUGGUAGUUUCUUAUGUUACAAUUCAUAUCAAAUGCCAAAGUCCCUCAUCUCUAGUUUUUCAUUUUGUGGGUUUCUUAUUGAUCGCUCAAUUUAAGCAUUUGGGUAUGCCACAUUUUUCUCAUGGCAUCAUCAAUGGGAUCUUUAGCAUUUCCGUUGGAAACAAGUGGUCAAGCUUUGGUGGUUCUUGACACUGUAAGAAUUAAUUGCUGUCUAAGAUUUCCACUUAAUGUUUUGGGUAUAAAAGGUUCAGUUUUUAAGCAUUCUGAAAGCUUGGGAUUGGGUUGGCACAAAAGGAGUAAAUAUAAGCGCAUAAGAGCAAUAGUGAGUAAGAGUAGUUUUGGGAUUGGAAGAAAUGAGGAUAAAGAAGGGGUGGAGGGUGUGCUUCUAGCAACCAUUGAAAAGAGAAAGAAGGUACUUCAAUUGCAAAGGGAUCUACUUCAACAGAUUUCUGAAAGAAAGAAACUGGUUUCUUCCAUUAAUAGUGAUAACAUUCUUAAAUCAGAAGGGAACAGUAAUAUUUCUUAUGAACUCCGUGACAAAUAUCUCUCAAAUAAAUCAAGUCCACAAAGUGCUUCCACCAAUGGAGGCAAUGCAGUUAUAAACCAAAAUGGAAGCAUUGUUUCAAGAAACUAUGUCCAUUCCAAUGAAGGGUACGUGGAAGCUCCACUUGUAGGCAUAAAUGGAGGCGUUGAUGAAAGACAAGCCUCCAUUAGACUUGAUACUCUAUCACACUUCUUUGCAAAUGGCACUGAAACUUCAAGUUUAGAGGUUGAAAAUGAGGAAGGUAUGAGUGAAUCUAGCACUAUUGAAGGUGAAGGUGAAACUGAAAAAUCCACACUUUUGGCUGGGACCAAUGUUAUGAAUGUUAUAUUGGUUGCAGCAGAAUGUGCCCCCUGGUCAAAAACAGGUGGCCUCGGUGAUGUUGUUGGUUCAUUACCAAAGGCUUUGGCUAGGCGUGGACAUAGAGUUAUGGUUGUGACACCUAUGUAUGGUAACUAUGCGGAACCCCAAGAUACAGGAGUGGGAAAAAUGUACAAAGUAGAUGGUCAAGAUGUGGAAGUAAAAUAUUUCCAAUCCUACAUUGAAGGUGUAGACUUUGUUUUCGUUGAGAGUUCAAUGUUUCAUCAUCUAGAACAUAACAUAUAUGGGGGGAGCCGGUUGGAUAUUCUAAAACGCAUGGUGCUCUUUUGCAAGGCAGCUGUUGAGGUUCCUUGGCACGUUCCAUGUGGGGGUGUUUGCUACGGAGAUGGAAAUUUGGCCUUCAUUGCAAAUGAUUGGCAUACUGCAUUGCUGCCAGUGUAUCUGAAGGCAUAUUAUCGCGAUCAUGGUUUGAUGAAAUAUGCAAGAUCAGUUCUUGUGAUUCAUAACAUAGCUCACCAGGGUCGGGGGCCUGUUCAUGAUUUCUUCUCUGUGGAUUUACCGGAACACUACAUGGAGCUUUUCAAAUUAUAUGACCCCAUUGGAGGUGAACAUUUCAAUAUCUUUGCAGCUGGUUUAAAAACAGCAGACCGUGUAGUCACUGUUAGUCAUGGAUAUGCAUGGGAACUUAAAACUUCUGAAGGUGGUUGGGGUCUGCAUGGGAUCAUAAAUGAGAAUGAAUGGAAGUUAAGGGGUAUUGUGAAUGGAAUUGAUAACAAAGAUUGGAACCCUCAGUUUGAUGUUCACUUGAAAUCAGAUGGCUACACUAACUACUCCCUUGGGACACUUUCUAGUGGCAAGGGUCAGUGUAAAGCAGCAUUGCAAAAGGAGCUUGGUUUGCCUAUCCGUGAGGAUGUUCCAGUAAUUGGCUUCAUUGGAAGGUUGGAUCAGCAGAAAGGUGUUGAUCUUAUAGCUGAAGCAAUACCUUGGAUGAUGGGUCACGAUAUGCAACUAAUCAUGUUAGGCACCGGAAGGCCUGAUCUAGAACACAUGCUUAGGCAAUUUGAAAACCAACACCAUGACAAGAUCAGGGGAUGGGUUGGCUUUUCUGUGAAGAUGGCUCACAGGAUAACUGCAGGUUCAGACGUAUUGCUCAUGCCAUCAAGGUUUGAGCCAUGUGGAUUGAACCAACUCUAUGCCAUGAAUUAUGGAACAGUUCCUGUGGUACAUGCUGUUGGUGGACUGAGAGACACAGUGCGGCCUUUUAAUCCUUUUAAUGAGUCAGGCCUUGGGUGGACAUUUGAUAGUGCAGAUGCAGGUAAGUUAGUACACGCAUUAGGGAAUUGCUUAUUAACCUAUAAGCAGUAUAAGAAGAGCUGGGAAGGCCUUCAAAGGCGAGGAAUUACACAAGAUCUUAGUUGGGACAAUGCUGCUCAGCAGUAUGAGGAAGUGCUUCUUGCUGCCAAAUACCAAUGGUGAAUUUUUGGCAUUUAUUCAAUCUAAGCAGAGUAAUAAAUAUGAAGCUCAUUCAAGUUGAACUGUUUCAAUGUACUAAUUGUUGUAAUAGGGAUAGGAACUAUGGAAGUUGUAUAAAUUUUAUAAGUCACAGUUAGAGCCUUUAUGAUGAGAAGUGCGAAGGAUGUGUUUAAUUGGCUAAUAAUGCGUUUGGUAUAUAGUUUAAUUGAGUG